AUGACUUAUAAUCAUCCUAAUUAUCAACAACAACAAAAUCAAAAAGAUAAUAGUCUACAGUUUCCAAAUCUCGAUCUCCCACCAAUACAAAAUUCCGACCAGGUUCUUUUUAAUCACGAUCAACAUCUUUUUCUCCAACAAAACAUGGGUCAACAACAACUCCAGCAACAAAUUCAUGGUCAACAAAUUCAACAACAAAUAUCCCAAAAUUAUGCUCAGCACAUUUAUCAACAAAAUCCUGCUCAUCAACAAUUUCAAAGCUGUGGACAAUAUAAUCAAAACAAUAAUGACAACAAUGAUAGCAUGAUGAUGAUGACAACUCAAAUUUUAUCACAACAACAACCUAUAAUUUAUAAUGAUCAUCUUUCUUCUUCGAAUUGUGAGAGCGCAGCUAUAAUUAAUAAUAUAUCACUUUUUGAUUUAUUAUCAAUUAGUCAACUUUACAGAGACAAACCACAUCGAAAUAAUGUGUUUGGAAAAAAAUAA